AUGACAUCAAAGGAAGAAGAAUUGAAGAAGCGGAAGACGUACUUACAAAUUGCAGGAACAGCAUGUUCAAAUUGUCGUAAAACUAGUGCCGAAGUUGGCAUUAAUUCCCUUUUAAGGUGUACUCGUUGUCGCAUGUCUGUCUAUUGCUCAAAAGAAUGCCAAAAGAAAGACUUUUCUUUUCAUAAACAGUUUUGCGCGGCGAUCGAAGAGCUUCACCGACUUGAAGAAGCCUGGUAUUCUUGCAAUGAUAAGGAAUCGGAAUGGAGCAAGCGAAAUAUAUAUCACAUGCAAUUGUUGUCCGAGGCGCUUGAUAGGGAGCUGACUAAUUACGAGAGAAAUGCUUGGCUACACCAACCUAAAUGUCACGUCUGUUUUCGAACUUCCCGAGAUUUGCAAAAUUAUUCGCCAUUGAUUCCGUGUUCCGAGUGCAAAGUUGCAUUCUGCUGCUCCCCGGAGCAUUGGAAACAAUAUCGGCCAAAACAUCAAUCCUUGUGCCAAACAUAUCAACUGAUGGUUAAUUGCGAGAGGAUAAGGUUCGUUUCAGAUUAUAUAGAUUCUACGCCAUUAUCUUUAAUAACAAUUCGCAUUGAUAGGUAUCAAGACACUUCAGAGACUUUAUGGGCACCCGAGGAGUGGGACGAAAGCGCUAUCUAUCCUCCGUUGCCAAAGGAUUGGAAUGGAUAUUUUAAGUGGCGAAAGAAUUCUCAAUUUAUUCACCUUGAUGCAUUAUGCGGAGUGAUCACUAAUAAUCUUUCGUUACCACUUACAAUUCUAUCAGCGCUGGAAAGGUUUUAUAUACGCAGCAAAUUACGUUCCCUCGAGGAUUUAAUAAUUCACAUUAUUGGUGCUAGUCAGUAUGAGAUUUUGGCUCUCAUGACCUUUGAAGAGAUAAUGCAUGUGCUGCCAAACAUAAAAACACUUCGAAUCAUAUUCGUGGGGUUAGAGUUACCAAUGAAGAAUCCCGGAAUGACAUUACAAUGUUGCCCACGUUGUGCUAACUCAGAUCGAAAGCGUAUCUGUGCAUUUUAUCCUAUGCCAUAUCAUGAAUAUGGUUCCUCUUCGGAUUACACGAUCCCCCACAUUUCUGUCGGGUUCAACACCGGACUCUAUGAGGAUGACACUGAGCUCUGGAAACCUACAAUUGAAUUUUUGUUGGAGAAAGAGUUGCCCUGCGUGUUCACGUCCUAUUCCAAGGAAGAAGCCACUCAAGAUUUAAAAAUUCUAAAAAGCUGGGGAGCCAAAAUCCUCGUGGGAGCAAAAGAGAACAAAUGGAGAAGUACAAUGCCAUUGAUUGAACCACAGGGAACUGAUAAAUUCUAUUAUAAUAAUUUCUAUAGGACUUUGCUUCAAGGGCACGUAUAA